UUAGUCCUGAGCGUCACUGAAGCUUCAGUUGGGUCACCGCCCACAUCGGCUCGUCCUGCAUUUGGUUAUGGAGUACUAAUGAAGACUUUGCAUGAUCAGCCAUAACAUAAGCGGCAGGUUGCAAAUGAGGUGGAGGCAAGUGUAAGCCUUCCAGAAAGCCGGAAACAACGGAGGAGAGAUGUUCCGUUGCCGUGUAAAUCUUCUGGAUGACACCCGCAUUGAGCGGGACCUGGAGAAAAAUGCAGUGGGCCAGGUGCUGUUUGAUGAGGUUUGUGAUCAUCUCAACCUGCUGGAGAGGGGUUACUUUGGCCUGGCAACAUUUGAUGCCUCCAACAACAGGGUGUGGCUGGACUUUUCUAGAGAAGUUCACAAGCAGAUAAUAGGUCAUGAUGCUACCUUCACCUUUAGUGUCAAGUUUUACCCACCUGAUCCUUCACUACUGGCAGAGGACCUCACCAGAUAUUUACUCUGUCAGCAGGUGAGAGCAGACAUCAUGACCAAUCGUCUGCCCUGUCCGUCAGACAUGCUGGCAGUGUUGGGGUCGUAUAUUGUGCAGUCUGAGUUGGGGGACUAUGACCCCGCGUUGCACGUGCCGGGAUACCUCCUGACCAUCCCCCUCGCACCCAAUCAGAGCCCAGAGCUGGAGGACAGCGUGACUGAGCUGCACCGCACAUACCAAUCGAUGACUCCUGCUCAGGCAGAUGAGAAUUUUCUUCAGAAUGCUAUAACACUCCCCUUGUAUGGAGUAGACCUGCAUCCUGCUAAGGAUUUGAGUGAAAGGGAUGUGAAGCUGGGUGUGAGUGCUGAUGGAGUGACAGUGUACGAGGGCAAGGCAACAACACAUAGUUACUCCUGGCCAGAGGUGCUGAAGAUUUCUUACAUCCGCAACAAAUUCCAUUUAAGGAUCCGCAACACACAGGAUACCACUGAAAGUACCAUCAGCUACAUUCUGCCCAGCUACCGUGCCUGCAAACGCCUGUGGAAAGUUGCUGUGGAGCACCAUGCCUUCUUUAGGAACCACCGUCCGGAUAAGUAUGAGGGAAUUCUGCAGCUAGGAUCCAGGUUCCGCUUUCGCAGAAACACUCAUACCGAAACUAUGGAGGUCAGCUCCAACAUCAAACGCCCCGGUCCACCAGUCACCCACUCUGCCAUCAAGAAAAAAGCAAAGGAGGGCAUGCUUCGUGCUUUGAAGAGCCCAACUCGAAUCCUGCUUGACGAUUGGUCCCAGGUGUUCAAGUUGGACCGUUCUCGGCCAACAUCUGUCCCAGAGCCCACCUAUACUUAUCAAGAGCCCCCCGCACAAGCAGUUAAAAAGACUCAUAGACACAAAGUGACAACUGAGGAGGAGGAGGAUGAUGAGGACGAGGUGCCAGAGGAAGAACAGGAGUGGUUUCAGCUGCUGGGUGGACGUUCAGUACUCAAACAGGUCACUCUGUCUUCAGAUACUGCAAAACUGGAACGUGCACACCCUCAGUUCUGGAAGCACAAUUCUAAUGACUGGCUGGUCCUUCUCUACCCCAAGCCUUCUGAAUCCUCUCUUUGGGAACUGGAGACACCCUCUGAAGAGCGAGAAGAAAAGUAUGAAAAGAAACAAUGGGUGGAGAAAACCACAGAGGAGAGCAUUAAGAUUUUUAAAGUAACUAAAGCUGGUGAACUGCAGGAGUUUACUGAGGAGCAGCUGGAGGCAGAGGAGGACGGAGAGGGAGUACAGAGAGUCUUCACUAAACAACAGAUCUCACAGCAAGUAGAAAUGAUUGAGGGGGAACCUGGAGAGGGUUUUGUUGAGAAAAGAGUAAGAAAGGUGGUGAUAGUGGAGACAAGAAAGCAAGUGAUGAUAGAGGAGGAAGGUCUGAAGUCUCCUGGUGAAAAGAUAAAAGGAUUACAGAAAAAAAUUCAAGAAGUGGAGACUAUUGAGAAGAGACUGCAGGAUGUGGAGGAUCUGAAAGUCAGACUACAGCAGGUAGAGAUGCUGGAGAAGAAACUGGAGCAAGAACGACAGAACCAUCUGCGAGAUCAACGAGAAGCCUGGUUCGUCCUGCUGGACCGAAGACCAUUAGUCUCAGAACUCAUUGAGAUAAUUAAGCAUGAAGAAGUCAUUAAAAAGAUGGAGGAGGAGCCAAUACAAAAGGUCGCACCACUUCGGAUCAGAGGUAUCUGGCAUAUUCUGCUGGAACUGCUGCCAAGAUCACAAUGGGCCACCCAUCUUCCACGAGCUCCUUCAGUGGAGGAUCUCGUCGAGGAGCCUGUGUCCUAUCAGGCAGUAGAGGAGAAGAGAUGGCAGGAGGAGAUGAAACUACGAGAGGAGAGGAGGAGAUCGAGCCAGUAUGUUUUCCCAGCUGAGAGAAAACCAGAGACCGACGAAAGAGACGACUGGUUCCACCUGCUGGAUCCUUCUCCUAAAGAAUCAAUGCUUGCCAGAGUUAUGGAACUUUACGUGGAGACCACAGAGGAGAAGGUCAGGCUGGUGGAGGAGCAGAUGAGUUUCAUAAAGAUGGAAAUGCCUUUUGAAUUGAUCCAGAGGAGACCGGAGGACAUGCAGGAGAGUGACCGCUGGUUUCUGCUUUUGGACCAAAUACCUUUUGAAAAGAGGAUUAUUCUUACAGAUCCUCUGGAAAGAAAGAAGAAAGAGGAGGAAGCACUGAGAAUAAAAGAGCUACAGAGGAAAAGGCAGCUGGAGCAGAAGAAGAAGAUUGCUGAAGAAGGAGUUGUCAGUAUGGAUAUUACAGUGAUUGAAGAGAAGAUAGAUGAACAGAAGAUCAGAGUGGAGGAAGUGAGGAAGGAACAGAAGCAAGUCAUAAUUCUGGAGAAGAAAGACAUGCAGCUUCUACCAGAGAGAGAAGCAAAAAUCCAGAGAGAUUUUUAUGAUGACUGGUUUAUUUUACUAGAUAAAUAUCCUACAGUGGGUGAGCUUUAUGAAGACACUGCAGGCCUGAGGAUCCAGCAAAGAGUCUCCAUAGUCUCUGAGCUGGUGAGCAUCAGGGAAAGGAUUGUGAUCAUCGACGAGAGGAGAGAAGUCACAGAUGAAGAAGUGGAGAAGGGUCCUGUUGUGCUGGUUGUUGAUGCUAACAGCUGGUUUGUGCUUUUUGACAAAGAUCUGAUAGCACAAAGGAGUGUUCCCGUAGAGGCUACAGACUCGUGGUAUGAUGAGGAGAAGAUAUUAAGAGAAAUCAAGGAGAAGAGGCUUCAAGAUGAGCAGAGGAGAAAACGUAUGGCGGAGGAAAGAUUUGCUCACAUGGAGGUGGAGGAAGAAGAGGAGUUUGAGAUAGAGGAGGGUGAUGAGUGGUUCAUCCUCCUGCGAACAUUAGCGGACAGGAAAGCCGAGGUGGAGAGACAUAGGAAACAGGAGGAGUGGGAGAAGCAAGUCAUGGCAGAGGAAAGGAGAAAAGCAUCAAUAAUACAAGAUCGUAUGGUUCUAGCUCAGAGAGAUGUGAAGGACGAGUGGUACCUAAUUUGGGAACUUUCUUACCUAGUCUCAGAGCGUGAACUUCCUCCCUCCAUCUCCGUUCCAGUGGUUGUGCCUAAAUCCCGCCCAGAGCCUAAACCCCGCCCAGAGCCUAAACCCCGCCCAGAGCUUAAACCCCGUCUUGAACCUACUCCCCGCCCAGAGGUUAAGCCAAGGCAAGAGAUUAAACCCCGCCCGGAGAUUAAACCCCGCCCAGAGAUUAAACCCCGUCCAGAGUUUAAACCAAGUCCAGAGCCUACACCUCGUCCUGAGUUUAAACCCCGUAUAGUGCUUCCAGCUGAUCGUCCGAUGACCUCCACUCCCACAACACAGCCUGCCCCCUUCACCAGACCCUCGUUUCAGGACGAGACACUGAGGAGCCUGGAUGAGACACAGGAGACUGAGAUGGAAUCAGAGUCAAGCCUAAUUAUACAGAGAAUGAUAAAGAGAAUGCAGAAUGAAAGCAUUUAUGUCCGCCACAGUAAGCGAAUGUUGGAGGGCAGUGAUAUAACUCAUCAGGUGGUGCUAAAGCAGCAUGCCAGCACCAGUCAGCUGAAGCGGGUGUAUAUGGAGGAUAUGCCGGAGUUUGGUCCCACUGACUGGGAGAAGCGCCUCUCCACUCACAGCCCCGUCCGCAUCCCCCAGACAACCAGUGACCCAGUCCUUAUUAGCAUGGACACACUGGAAGAGACAGAGACAGUCAUCAUCAGACAGGUGGAAGAAGAGGGUACGACAACCGUCACUGAAACCUCUUUUAUCUCAUCAAAGCAUUAAUCUGAGAUGCACUGCAAUUACUGCUUUUGUACCACAAUAAUUUUUGCUUUUUUUUAAUAGCGUAUAUUUAAGAGCCAAAAUUUAAUACCAGUCUACAAAGAGUUGUUUAGAAGUUUACAUAUUUCUUCAUUGACAUGAAUGUGUUUAGUUUUCAUUUGUGCGGAAUAAGUUACAAAAUACAGAUUUUAAAAACACUUUAGACAAGUGUAAGGUGAGGGAUUUAACAACAAGAACUCUGUACCAUCUGUUAAGCAUGGGGGUGGGAGCAUCAUGCUCUGUGGCUGGUUAGCUACCAGUAGAACUGACACAUCUCACUCAGUGGACGGAAUAAUAAAGAAGGAGGUUUAGCUCAGAAUUCUUCAGCAUCACCUCAAACCAUCAGCUAGAUAGUUGAAACCUGAACACAGCUGAGUUUUCCUUCAGGGCAGCUACAAACAUAUCAAAAAUGGUUGUGGAAUACAUGAAACAAGCCAGCAUUGCGCUUUUGGAAUGGUGCUAAACUUCACAACUCACAAAUAUGUGGCUUAAGCUUAAAAGUCAGGUCCGUGCCAGAAAACCAUCACAUUGAACUAAACUUUAGCAGUUCUACCAGGAUUAUCAAAUAUCGAACUGUAAUUGUACCAAAAGCUUGUUAAUAGCUACCAAUAGUGUCUGGUCAAGGUGCAAUUCAAAUAUUUCAUGUAUAAAUAUUUUUCGACUCUGUGUGUUCAAUUCAAUUUAAUUCAAAUGUAUUUAUAUAUUGCUUUUUACAACAAAAGUUGUCAUAAAGCAGCUUUACCGAGAAAAACAGGUCCACGCCUCUUAUGAGCAGCACCACAGAGAUGCCAAUUAUUGUGGUGACACAGUGGCAAGGAAAAACUACCUUAAAUCAAGAGGAAGAAACCUUAGGAGGAACCCAAGACUUGUAUGUAUAAUUUUGUCUUUUUGAUGAUUUAAAAAAACAAAACAUCACCACAUUAUUGUUUUUUUUUUCUACUAUAAAUGAUGUAAACUCAUAAAACUCAUGAAACAAAAAACAGUGUAAAAAAAUCACUAAAAGCCCAAUUUUGUCCUGACAUUCAUGUUUAUGAAGACUGUAUGUAAACUUCCAACCAAAACAAGCUUUGAUUCAUAUAAUCUUUGCGAGAAGCUUUUUAGUGAGUCAAAAAUAAGAGAAAAAUGUUUUUCAUGUUUUUAGAAGAAACCUGAUAAUAGUGAUGACUUUGACUAAAGUGUAAAAAAACAUCUGAGAGUAAUCUAUCACUUCAUUAAUUUAGCAUUACUGAUCCCAUAGAACUCAUAUAAAUCAUAAAGAGACCAGUUUAUAAUGACUCUUAGAAAACUCUAGCAAAAUAUUGACCACAACACUAAAUCCAAAGCUGUUUUUGGAAAAUAUAAAACAGUAUAUGGUAAUUAUAUUGCCAAAAGUAUUCACUCACCAAUCCAACUCAGGUUCCAAUCACUACCAUGGCCACAGGUGUAUAAAACCAAGUACCUAUGCAUGUUGCAGACUGUUUCUACAAAUAUUAGUGAAAGAACAGGUUGCUCUCAGGAGCUCAGUAAACUCCAAUGUGAUACUGUGAAAAGAGCACCUGUACAAGUCAUGACAUUUUUUCACUACUAAAUAUUCCACAGCCAACUGUCAGUGAUAUCAUACUGCCAAUAUUAUAACAAAGUGGAAGCGACUGGGAACAACAGCAACUCGCUCUGUCAGAGUAAAAACAACAGAGCGGGGUCAGCAGAUGCUGAGGAGCAUAGUGCACAGAGAAUACCAACUUUCUGCAGAGUCCAUUAAUCAAUCCCUACAGACCUUCAAACUUCCUGUAGCCCCAGGUAAGCUUAAGAACAGUAGAGCAUAGAGAACUUCAUGGAAUUGGGAAUGUGCAUAGCAGAGCAGCUCCAUCCAAGCAUUACAUCACCAAAUGUAAUGCAGACGAGCGGUACAUUUGGCAAUAUAGUGUAUGUUAUACAAAACUAUAUAAAACCUGGAUUGUUACAGAAUAAAGUUCUUUUGAAUUGCAGAUGAAUGUUCCUGUGUACUGAAAAAUGAAUGCACUAAAUUCACUUCAUUCCAAUGUAAACUAAUUAAUAUAAUGUAUGAAACAUCAGUGCAGUUUUGUUUGAGAGAUAUUAGUCUUGCUAAUAAAGAUUACAUCUG